CUGUUGUACACUGCUCUGCUAAGGCCCAAUGGCCCUCCUCUCCGUACGACGAGGGCCCGCCUAUCUCACUUGUUCCGCCUCGGGAUCCGCCGCGAGUUUCUCAGCCUCACGGAGGCACUAAACCAAAACAGUCAAAACUAUUAAUAGGCAGAAUCCGCCAUGGAGACCGGAGAGGACUCUGGGGCUAGGGCCUUGUUGGCUCUUCGCUCUGCACCAUGCAGCCCCAUGAUGGUCGGGGGGACUUUUCCAGCCCUAAAUUCGUCAGUACGCGAUUCCCCUCCUGUGCUGGCCCGACUGGAAGGACGGGACUUCGAAUUUCUAAUGCGGACUCCGACAGUGACCAUCGGACGUGACUCCAGCCAGGGCUCAGUGGAUGUAAACAUGGGUCGAUCCAGUUUCAUUUCCCGCCGUCACCUUCAGAUCGCUUUCGAGGAACCGCACUUCUACUUGCGCUGCAUCGGCAAGAACGGGGUGUUUGUUGACGGGGCCUUCCAGCGGAGGGGGGCUCCCCCACUUCAGCUUCCCAUACAGUGCACAUUCCGAUUUCCUAGCACAGUCAUUAAGAUGCAAUUUACAUCCCUCUAUCAGGAGGAAGUGAAACCUGCUAUACCAGCUCCUGUUUAUCCUCGCAUUUCGCCUUUGAAAAUUCACAUCCCUGAGCCUGAUAUACGAAGCCUUAUCAGUCCCCUCCCAUCGCCUACAGGGACCCUGAGUGUUCCUAACUCCUGCCCUGCCAGCCCACGUGGAGCUGGGUCAUCUGGCUACCGUUUCAACAACAAAAUUGCUUCAGAUCUCCAGUUAGCAGCAGAAUAUGCAGCAAAGGCCGUGAAAGAUAACCAAGCAGACUCAUGUAAAGAAGACGGUCCAAAGGAUGAUGCAAAGCCUCCAUUUUCAUAUGCUCAGCUGAUCGUUCAAGCCAUCUCAUCUGCCCAAGAUCGUCAGCUUACUCUGAGCGGAAUAUAUGCCCAUAUUACAAAGCAUUACCCUUACUACAGAUCUGCUGACAAGGGCUGGCAGAACUCCAUUCGUCAUAACCUCUCUUUGAACAGAUACUUUGUUAAAGUACCACGCUCCCAAGAGGAGCCUGGGAAAGGUUCAUUUUGGAGGAUUGACCCCACAUCAGAAGCUAAAUUAGCUGAACAAGCAUUCAGAAAGAGAAGACAAAGGGGGGCAUCCUGCUUCCGCACUCCUUUUGGACCAUUAUCUUCCAGGAGCGCUCCUGCUUCCCCCACACAUCCUGGUCUGAUGUCCCCUAGUUCCAGUGGUGUACAGACCCCUGAAUGUCUUUCUCGAGAGGGCUCCCCAAUGCCACAUGACUUUGGCUCUAAAUUAAGUUCUGUUCCAGAAUACCGAUACUCCCAGAGUGCUCCAGGGUCUCCAGUGAGUUCUCAGCCCAUUAUCAUGGCAUUACCCCAACGACAGCCCAGUUUUAUGUCAAAGCCAAUGGCAUACGUGCCUGCUUCAAUUGUAACGUCACAAUCUGCUGGCCCCACAAUCCACGUGAUGCAACAAGCACCCACCGUCACCAUGGUGCGUGUAUUGACGUCCAAUAAUUCUGCUAAUGGAUACAUAAUUACAAAUCCAGGGUCAACAUGUACCACGCAAGAAAUACAUGGAACUAUAUUGGAUGUGAAUGCUGAAGGAAAAGGAAGCCAGGAUGAGAAGAAGACCAUCACUUUUGCUACACUUCCUACUCUCCCCAAUACCAGUAGAGUUAUUCAGACUGUAGCCAGCCAGAUGUCUCAAGGAGUUCCUGGCCAAACCGUUGCUUUCUUGAAGCAGGCUGCACCAUUGACCCUGAGUCCACACCAACUGCCCAUGCGAACGUUGACAUCCAAUGGGAAUGACGUUCCAACCACUAACAACACAGCUGCUUAUGCUCUUACCAGCCCCCUGCAUCUACUGGCUAAUCAAGCUAGCUCAUCUCCUCCUGUAUGCGUUAUCAGUGGCACGGACCGAGACAGGAAAACUCCUCCAAAUCUUCGGGGAGAGCCUGCCCCCAAGAAAGUACGUCUGGAGGAGGACAAUGUGGUACAGGCAGGGGUGAUCACAUCCACUUCAACACAAGUUGAUGGGAACAGAGAAUAUGAGGAUGUGCAGAAGAAUGUUUAGGAUAAAUCUACUGGUUGGGUGACAGAUCAGAACCAAUGACACAGAAUCAUACAAUACAAACUGGACAAACAAACAGUACCAGGCACAGCCAUGAGGAACUGAAUAUCUUGUUCUCAGAAGAUCACCAUGCUUACUGCCCAUGAAAUAAGUGUCUUAAGUUUACUGCUCAUGAAGCAGAGAAUGUACCAUUAAAAGCCAUGUCAGCACUGAGAGAGUUAAAAGCCAAAUCAAUGUUGCUAUUGAAGCAGGAAAUAGGUUAGCAGAGUACUGGCAUAGCAAGAGUUAAGAACCAAAAAGCUACCUACUUUCCCAUAAUUUGUGAAAAUAUGGAGGAACUUUACCAAAUCCAUCCUUUUAACAUUUCAAGAUCAUUUUGUUUGUAUGCAGCCAAGGGGCACAUGAAGCGUAAAGAGUGGUUGUAUUCCAGAGAUGUUUUGUAGAAUUCUCCAGUUGCUGUUGUGUGAAAGCAUGUUGGAAGUUGUAACACUAAUUUACCAACAUUAAAGGAAGUGCCCAGAGGCAUUGUCUCAA